AUUGAGGACAGAAGUGUUCCUCAUUCUCCUAGAGUAUUUUCCUUCUGUGGUUUCAGAAAUCUCUCUAUGUCUGCUGGGAGAAUCACCAAGUCUUGGGCUCUGAGCUGCUUCCUCUUACCAGGCUCAUAUUGACUCAAAAGGGGCGGGGGAGUCAGAAGAAAGUAUGUGUUUCUCUUUUCCCUGUUGAAGGGGGUGUGUCCCAGGCUGUUGGCCUGCAAGGGCAGUAGCCCAUGCACUAGGAAUUGCUCAUGAAUCAGAGGACCUGUGAGCAUGCCAGAGAGCUGCUGUGGUUCAGAUAUUGAGAUUGUCUUUCCAUACAGCUUAAGAAGUGAUUGAGCCACAGUACACUGGAGGAAGGGCUCCCUCAGGCUGUGAUAUGAAGAGAGGAAAGUCACCAGUCACAGACUGUGAGCCCAGCUGUUUGUGUUCAGCGCAGGAACAGGAGAGGGACCUGCUGAAGAUGAGAGUUCAAGUGCUGUGGCUCCUCUUUUCCAUCUGGGUCACUGAGGGCAGUGAUGGCUUCCUGGGGAGAAAUGAUGGCAUCAGAACAAGAAGAGGACUCACUGUGAAUAAGAAAAAGCAUCCAGACCCAGUGCAGGAAUAUGAGCUGCUGCUUCAGGUGGCUUAUAGAGACUCCAAGGAGAAAAGAGAGUUGAGGAAUUUUUUGAAUCUUCUGAAUUCUCCAUCAUUGUGGCUGCAUGGGCCAAUGAAGAUUAUCAGAGCAAAGGCAACCACGUACUGCAGCAACCAGAACGGGUUCCUACGGUGUGCCUGUGAGGAUGGCUAUUCCUGGUUUCCUCCUUCCUGCCUCAAUCCCCAGAAAUGCUACCUUCACAUGGCUGGAUCACUCCAGAGUUGUGACUGUCACCUCAGUAACCUCACCCAGAGCAUCAAUUUCUGUGAAAGAACAAAAGUUUGGGGCACUUUCAAAAUUAAUGCAAGAUUUACAAAAGACCUUUUGAAUUCGUCUUCUGCUGUAUACUCCAAAUAUACCACUGGAAUUGAAGUUCAACUUAAAGAAACAUACAAAAGAAUUCAAGGCUUUGAGUCGGCUCGUGUCAUUCAGUUUCGAGAUGGAAGCAUCAUUGUUGGGUAUGAAGUUGUUGGCUCCAGCAGCACGUCCGAGCUGCUGUCAGCCAUUGAGCAGGUGGCUGAGAAGGCUGAGGAAGGCCUUCAGAAGCUGUUUCCACUAGAAGAUGACUCUUUCAGAGUAUUCGGAGAAGUUCAGUGUAACAGCAUUGUUUUUGGAUUUGGGUUUAAGAAUGAUGAAUAUACUCUUCCCUGUAGCAGCGGCUAUACUGGGAACAUCACAGCCAAGUGCCAGCCUUCUGGGUGGCAGGUCAUUAGGGAGACCUGUGUGCUCGCUCAGCUGGAAGAACUGAAGAAGAACUUCAGUGCAAUUGCACACAAUGCCACUGAGGCAGCAAUGUCAUCCAUGGUGAGAAAUCUCUCAGUCAUCGUUCAGCAAAACCCAUCAACCACAGCUGGGAAUCUGGAUUCAGUGGUGUCGAUUCUGGGCAAUGUCUCCUCUCUGUCACUGGCAAGCCACUUCAGGGUGUCCAAUUCGACAAUGGAGGAUGUCAUCAGCAUAGCUGACCACAUCCUUAAUUCAACAGCAGUCACCAACUGGACAGUUUUACUGCAGGAAGAAAAGCACGUCAGCUCACGGUUACUAGAGACAUUGGAAAACAUCAGCGUUCUGGUGCCUCCAACAGCUCUGCCUCUGAAUUUUUCUCGAGAAUUCAUUAACUGGAAAGGGAUUCCAGUGUCUGCAAGUCAACAUAAGACAGGUUACAGCUAUCAGACUGACAUGUUCCCCACAAAUACUUCCAUUCCCAUCAGAGGCCGAGUGUUAAUUGGGUCAGACCAAUUCCAGGGGUCCCUUCCAGAAACUAUUAUCAGCAUGGCCUCACUGACCCUGGGGAACAUUCUACCCAUUACCAAAAUUGGAAAUGUCCAGGUCAAUGGGCCCGUGAUCUCCAUGGUUAUCCAAAACUAUUCCCUAAAUGAAGUUUUCCUGAGUUUUUCUAAGAUAGAGUCAAACCUGAGCCAGCCUCAUUGUGUGUUUUGGGAUUUCAGUCAUUUGCAGUGGAACGAUGCAGGCUGCCACCUCGUGAAUGAAACUCUAGAUACAGUGAUGUGCCGGUGUACUCACCUGACCUCGUUCUCCAUGCUGAUGUCACCUUUUGUCCCCCCUGCCAUCAUCCCGGUUGUGAAAUGGAUCACCUUUUUGGGGCUGGGCAUCUCCAUUGGAAGCCUCAUCUUAUGCCUGAUCAUCGAGGCUCUGUUUUGGAAGGAGGUCAAGAAAAACCAAACCUCACACACACGUCAUAUUUGCAUGGUGAACAUAGACCUGUGCCUCCUGAUUGCUGAUGUUUGGUUUAUUGUUGCUACCACUGUGGACACCACAGUAAACCCUUCUGGAUUCUGCAUAGCUGCAGUGUUCUUGACAUACUUCUUCUACCUCUCCCUGUUCUUUUGGAUGCUCCUGCUCGGCAUCCUGCUGGCUUAUCGGAUCAUCCUCGUGUUCCAUCACAUGGCCAUGCCUUUGAUGAUGGCUGUCGGGUUCUGCCUGGGCUAUGGGUGUCCUCUUAUUAUAUCUGUCAUCACCAUUGUGGUCACGCAACCUAGCAAUGGCUACAAAAAGAAAGGCACGUGUUGGCUCAACUGGUCUGAUGGGAGCAAGCCCCUCUUACCACUUGCUGUUCCUGCACUGACUAUCGUGGCUGUGAAUUUGGUUGUGGUGCUCUUAGUUCUCACAAAGCUCUGCAGGCCUGCUGUCGGAGAGAGACUGAGUCAGGACCACAAGGCCACUGUUGUCCGCAUGGGGAAGAGCCUCCUCAUUCUGACCCCUCUGCUGGGGCUCACCUGGGGCUUUGGCAUAGGAAUAAUGGUGGACAGCCAGAGUCUGGCAUGGCAUGUUAUUUUUGCAUUGCUCAAUGCAUUCCAGGGUUUUUUCAUCUUAUGUUUUGGAAUGCUCUUGGAUAGUAAGUUGCGACAUCUGCUUUCCAACAAGUUGUCUCCUUUAAGCUAUUUGAAGCAGCCAUUGAAGAGAAACUCACCAGAAUUAUCUGCUAUACCCAAGUCUUUCAACCCAUUGGGACGCAAAGGUAACACCCUUGGAGAAGAGAAAUUUAUCACCAAAGAGUACCAGCCCAAGUAGAUUUGGCAAGACCUUAUCUCACUGGGUAGGAAUCAUAGAUAAAGCAUUGCCAACAGCUACAUUGAUGCCAGCCAGAUGGGAGGCAACACCCCUUUGGAAUUCUGACCUGAUGCUUGAAACCAGAGCCAAGGAGCACCCUAGUGUGAUGUGUUGCCAAGGGACAUAUUGCUUUUGUGGAUAAAGUUUCCUGAUUCUUAGAUCUUAGCCAUGCCACCCAAGAGGGCAUGGGCAAGGCAGCUGGGAAUUCCAUGACAACAUGAGCCGGGCACUGCCAAGGACAAUGCUUUGUGGCAUGCAAUCUUCUCCUGGCACUGGUGAUAGUGAGAUUUUGUAUUUCUGAAGUUGGCUGGGCAAGGAAUUCAGCCCCACCUGUCCUCUAUUUCUCCUGAUUGAGGAAAAUAUUAAACAGCUCCUUUCCCCAUCAAUUUAAAAAGAAAUUAAAAGGUUGCAUUCAUGGAAUCACUCCCAGAAUUUAUGUUGAUGAUUAUGUAAUCCAUUCUGUACCACAUGAAGUGCUCAUGCCCUGCUUUCUCUUAGAGUAAGGCAAACAUUCUCCAAGUGUAUCCCCCACCCCCAACCAGCAGCAUCAACCUGACAUGGAACUUGUUAGAAAUGCCAAUUCUAGGGCCCCACUUCAGACCUCCUAAAUCAGAAACGCAGGACUGAGUGAGACCCAGGGAUUCAUUUUAACAAGCACUCCAGGUGACUCUGAUGCAGUGAUUUUCAAUCAGUGUGUUGCUAGAAUAUGUUUAUGUAUUUAUAUUGAUCUGAGAGAGAGAGACUGAGAGACUGAGAGAG